AUGACGGACGAGGACGCCGAGAUCGAGGCGAUGAAGCAGAGAGUAGCAGAGAUGGAGGCCGAGGCGGCCAAGCUUCGCGAACUCCAGCAAGCCGCAGGCGAGGCAGGCGGUGCUGGAUUGCAUCCUUCCGAAGAAGAGCGCGAAGAGGUCGAUUCAAGAAGCAUCUACGUCGGUAAUGUCGACUACGGCGCGACACCGGAAGAGGUGCAACAACAUUUCCAAAGUUGCGGAACAAUCAACCGCGUCACGAUUCUUUGCGACAAGUUCACAGGGCACCCCAAAGGUUUUGCGUACGUCGAGUUUGCCGAUCCAUCAUUGGUGGCGAAUGCCAUGGUGCUCAACGAGUCUCUGUUCCGAGGACGUCUGAUCAAGCUCCACCUCUUGACUUUUGUCUUGAAACCGGACCCUUUGAGUCGCAAACUGAUCAACGGCCCUUUCCACGUUGCAACAUUUGUCGGAUCACCACCGACUCUUGAAGGACAACCAAGUCGAGCCGCGAUGCCAAGGCAAAGGAACACCACAGGCUGGUCCUACAACAAUGCGGCCGAGUCCUCCAAGGCCGGCGCUAAAGGUUCUGCGCCUCGUGCAGUGACUGGCGCAGGAAAGAAGGCAACAGCGCAAAAGAACCAGCUCUACUCCAAACCAAUCCCGGUCGCCCUGGAUGUCACCAACAAUGCUGCCAUCGAUGCGAAGACCUCGGACCACACGCUUUGGUCGACAAUAUGCACACUUCUCACUCUCGGCUACUACGCACCUUCGAGCCAGCCGGCUGCUGCCUCUGCCAUCGAGGGCAGCGCAAAGGAAACGGAAAAGGUCUCUGUCUACUACGACCGGCAACUGCAGACAAUCUGGGUAGAAGAGCUUGAUCAAGGCAUACGACUUCUGUGGCAGCGUGGCUUCUUUGGCAAGGGCAAUCUGUCACGAUCCGAACCUACAUGGCGACAGCGCAAGGUCAACGAGAUCGAUGCACUGCGAAAGGGUCGAAUGACAGCAGAACAGCUUACACAUCAGAGGAGAGAGGAGCGAAAGGCGCUCAAAAUCGAACGAGCUCGAGCAGCCGUCCGCGCCGGACAGCAGCUUCCAGAUGGCAUUCUGGCGCUAGGGGGUGACAUCACCGAAGCGGAUCGAGCGCCCGGAGCGUCGCACGACCGAUUGAUGGCGGACAUUGAACGACAGGUGGAAGAGCAGCUCGAUGGCGAAGAGAAAGGAUUGUGGACGGGGCAAGAGGAAGUGCCUGACAUUGUACCUGGUGUAGCGCGCAUCAAGGGUCUCAAGUACUUUGCCGAAGAGGUGAAAGCGAGCCAAGCACGGAAGGCGACGCAGGCGACCACCGAAGAGGGCGCGACAGCUGUCACAGCAACAAAAGACGAAGCCGACGAGGGGACAGCAGACAUUGAUGUGGUCGACGUCGAGCGCAUGCAGCUUUCGCUGGUAGAAGCGUUCUUCCUCUCCUCCAUGUUCGGCUGUCUGGAUAUUCACACCGGCGACGGUGCGCACAGUUCGCAGCGCCUCGAGCUCGGCGAAUUUUACACGGCGUGUUUGCAGUCGCGGUUGCCACAUUCGCUGCUAGAUUUGCGAGAGCGAGGGCUGGCGGAACGACAUCUAUCCAAGCUGUACGCGCGACCCGACAACCCGUUCCUGAUCGACUACGUGGCCUACCACCACUUUCGCUCGCUGGGUUGGGUGGUCAAGACGGGCAUCAAGUUCUGCGCCGAUCUCUUGCUGUACAAGCGAGGACCCGUGUUCUCGCACGCCGAGUUUGCGGUCGUCGUCAUUCCAUCGUACGAGGACGCCCAAGAUGAGGAAUCGAGCCCGUUCGCGCCGCACCCAAACGCAGGGCGCAAGGACUGGACGUGGUUCAGCACGGUGAACCGUGUGCAGAGUCAGGUGCUCAAGACGCUUAUCUUGGCGCACGUGUUUGUGCCCUCGGUGAAGCGAUGUCCGCCCGAAACGCUGACGACGCCCGAGGCCUUUUUCGCAUCGUUGCGGCAAGGCAAGAGCUAUGCUGUCAAGGAGGUGGCGAUCCGGCGAUGGGUUCCCGCUCGAAUGAAGCCGUAG